UACAAUUUUGUUUGCUAUAUAAAUGCAACUGAAGUCAGGCCUAGCGCCUCGCAAGCUUUCUCGUACCGUGACUUUCUCCUCGGGGUGAGGUUCUAGCGUUCGCCAACUCGCACGCCUGUUAUUGCUACACUACAGUGUGUUUCCCGAGCCUUUUCGAAAAAGACAGUCCUAUUAUAGGACGAACACAAUUUCCUCACGCCUGUCAUUCUCUCUCUGGUAGGUCACCGAGGAGCCGUGUUCCGCGCGUUGGCCAACAUUUUUCAAGUGGAGACGUGACCAUAGCGUGCUUGUCGUUGUGAGCAAGAGGAGGAAGGCGACAUGUCUAAAGCGAAAAAGAAGGGAGCCACGCCGGCCGUUCCCAAGGAACCAGAAGAACAGCCACUGGCAAGUGUCACAGUGACACUAACGGACUGCGAUGGACUCAAGCUAAUACUGCAAUCUCCCGAAGCUGCUGCCACUGCUUCUGCCUGCAAGCAUCUAUUUGAACAUGCCGAGAAAGGUAACAAGGAGAAGCUGUUUCUGCUGAAUAAUGAUAUGCACAUUGAGCUGAUCAAGCACUCGUUGACACACUCUGAUAAGGCUACUCGUUACUACGCUGUCAUGUGCCUCGGUAGCAUGGCGCAGUGUCCGGAGGUGUUGGAGAAGCUAGCGCGCAAUGAAGAUUUCCAUGCCGUGCUGGUUCCCAUGUGCAACACAACAGAGGGCUUGGCUUGCCAGCAGCACUCCAGCUACCUCAUAUCUCGCAUUGCUAGUAUCCAUCCCUACUUUGCUGGAAUGAUGUGGAAACAUGGAGCUGUGCCAGCAAUAGUUCCUCUACUGGCAUCAACUGACAAUGACAUCAAAAAAAAUGCCAUCAUUGGCCUAGCAGCUCUGGCAUCUGAUGCUGAAGCACGUACCAGUCUGCUGGAGGAGAGCACAACCGUACCGACUGUACUGGAGUAUCUUUACUCUGAGUAUCGUGACUUUCAGAUCAACGCCCUUGACGCAGUACGCAAUCUCACUGGCUCAGCUGAGUUCCGAGAACAAUUGCGGCAGAACAAUGCAUUCGACAAGCUUCUUGGAAUCUUCCGUGAGAAGUCCUUCGAGGAUCUUCACACCCGAGUGUUAGACACUAUGGCUGGUAUGAUGAAAGACCGGGAAUCUUUUGAGAUGAUGUUUGACAAUGGCGACACCAAGAAAGUUCUGAGCGUCCUGGAAGAAGCCAUCACCAAGGCUGAAGUUCCUGUUUGCAGUGUAGUGCUCAAGUUCCUUAGCGCACUUGUACACCAAGAUCCGACUUUCUCAUCCAAGCUCUAUGACAUGAACAUUGUUGCAGUUUGUUACGGUCUUCUGAUCAAUGAGAGCGAGGAUGUGGUUGCAAAGGCUUGCUCUCUCAUCGGAGCUCUGUCCAGAUACUCACUACUGUGCAGUGAGAAGUUCGUGGACCAAGAUGACUUUUAUCAGCACAUUCUCACUCACAUGGAAUGCGAGACCACUGCUAUGCGAGAAGCCGCUUCUUAUGCCUUUGUCUAUGUCCUCAAGUCGAAGGCCAACUGCAAGGUCUUCAUGGAGAAGACUGGCAACAGUACUGGUAUCGAAGUCCUUUGUCGAUGCAUCCAGCAAACCAGCCUUCUGGCGCAGAAGAACUCUCUCAACGCUGUGCUACAAAUCCUUUCCCACCACGAGCCAUCCUGGGAUGCUGAGUUGCUGGAGAACAGCUUUGUCGAGGCAUUGCUCACUGUUCUAGGUAGUGGUGAUAGGCUCUGUGCUGUGCGAAAGCAUAUUGGCAAGCACUAUCACUCACCGCAUACUACGUAUCUGACGGCACACAGGCUUCACAAGGACUUGUACUUUGAGUACAGCCUACUGGCGCGAAAGUCUCGCUUGGGAUUGGCCAGUCUGAAUCAUCUAACAUCAAGAAUUGGCAUGACUAAGCCUCCGCCUCCUGCUGAAGAAGUGCCAGUCGAGAAUCCGUAUAAGAAGAGACUGGAGACUCUGCCGCAUGACUGUGACCCGAAGGUGAGAAAGAUGUUGGAAAUCCGCGCUCAGUCCAUGAUGCUUGUACCGAGAGAGCUGAUGGUGGCUUCUGCUGCGUGUCUGGGACAUUUUAUGACAUAUCCAGCUGGAAGACAACGGCUGAUGGACCACGAAAAGUCUGUGGAGAUCUUGACAAGGAACCUUUGCCAGUGCCACGGUGAAGAGCGUCGACAGGAGAGGUUUGUCUUGUGCCAGGCAAUACGCCAUGCCUGCCUGGACUGUGAUGUUGCUCAGGCAUUCACUGAAGCUGGUGGCUUGACAGAGCUGCACAAUGUCUUGGCGUCGUUGCCAGCUGCAGUGCGUGAGUUCAGCUUGGCAACAUCCUGCAUCACUACUGUUCUUGAUCACAAUCCGACCAUGCUCUACUGGAUGACAGGCAGCCUGAAGUGCUCGCACGUCACCCAGACUGGAUUCUAUGUAUUGGCUCAGUACAAGCCAGUCAAGGCAUCCGUGAAGCAAGCUCUGCCAUCACUGCAAGAACUCGGCGUUGCUAAGCGUAGCAAUGCCUUCACAGCCUACUACUUCUACCCAGUGCAGCCUGAGCCAGUAAAACCUCCCACGCCCGCCCCAGAAGCAGGACAAGACACCCCCAAGGAGCGCUCUAAUAGUAAACUGGGGAAGCCAAUCAAGAAGACGAAGAAGGCCGAGAAGGAGCAGGCGGCGAAAGACGAACUUGGCGACCUGAAGGAAUCUACUCCAUCUCCUGGUUUGGUGUGGACACCUAACCCUGACUAUGAUCUCUGGACAAUGAUUGAGGAUGUUAGCCAGACUAUCAUGAGAUCAACCAAGCUACCCAGCGCCAAUCUCAAAGUGCGAGAGCUGGCAGUCUAUGUCAGCGAGCGUAUGGGUGGCGCUUUCUCCGAGCUGGACAUCCGCCAAGGCAAGAUCUUGCACCUGGAUCACAUUGCUGAGUUGAAGAUGAAGCUAAACAGCAACAUCAUACCACUGGGUAUGAUACGCUGUGGGACUUUCCUCCAUCGCGCACUGCUCUUCAAGGUGUUGGCGGAUCGUCUGUACCUGCCAUGCACAUUGCACCGUGGUGCUGGGCUCACGGCAUGGAACACAUUCCAGUGCAUCGAUGUACAUCACAGGGAGCAGGUGGUGGAUCUGAUGUACAAACCUGGAGCAUUACUGGAUCUCCACACGCCAGAAGCAGAGCGCUACACCAGCUUCCACUGAAGCCAGGGCUGGCCCACACUCCAUCAGUGGGUUGACAACAUCGCCUUCCACUGAAGCCAGGGCUGGCCGACACACCAGAACGCUGCGUCAGCUUCCACUGAAGCCAGGGCCUGGUCCAGAGCAAUGUGGAGUUCCACACAUCAAG